CGACUCCAGGCAACCUCACCAGGCUCAGGUACCACAUUCUCGUGCUCACUCCUGCUGGGGUAACUUGUCUCCCGGUGGUGCCACGGACUCAGCUGAGGAGGAACGGUGCAGAGGCCUUAAUUACAGUUGUGUUAGCUUCUCUACACCCGAGACUCUGAUUCCUGCUGGUGCAAGAUGUCAUGGACACUGAAGAUCGUGUUGGUACUGGUGGCGUGCCUGGUGACUUGUGCCUCCGCCGGAGAUGAUGAAGAAGCCACUAAUGGCCUCACCAGGACGGUAAUCACAGUGCCGGUGGUGAACCAGACCUUGGGGACAGAAGAGAAGCUCGUCACUAUCGGUCAGGCAGAUCUGACAGCCCUGGCAGUUGUUAAGGCGGUCAUUUACACGGGACUGAUCCUUGGAGUUCUUCUCCUGUUCUCUGUGCUCAUCUUCGGUAUCAGCACGAGACUGUAUCCCGAGAAGGAACUGGAGCACCUGGAGUACUACGACGAUCACAAAUAUUACGGCUCUCAACGCCAUCCGCGGUCAGUAGUGGACGAUGUGUCCUUCCUCACUCAGGUCUUCAAGAGUAUCGACACCGUUGAGUCAGCCCUGGAUACAAUGAAGGUGGACCACCUGGCCUGCCGAGAGCUGGCUGUGUGUCACCUACAGCGUAUCGCCUCUAAGUUACCUUCACUUGGUUUACUCCUGCAGGUUAUCAGUCCGUCCAUCAGUGGUAUGGAGAAGUACAGGGAGGCACAGGAGGCUGGUGCUGCCCUGGAGGACUGCACACUGCUCUACUCUGAGUGUCCCACCUCCCUGGCCCGCUUCUUGAAGGGAGACCACACAGGCUAAAGGCCUUCAGGGACGUCUGACCACAAGCCUGUCUCUAACAUGAUUUUAAUGAUAGUUAUUCAAGUUGAUUCUAAUGAAGCAUGAAACUGGAACCUAUAAUCUAAAUCCAUCAAAAGAUUUACAAGUAAUCUUAUGCCACGAUAAGAGUAUCUAAAGACACACUGUAAAGGAUUCGAAUCUAUUUACUAAAGAGAUGUGUUAUCCAGUUAUAUGGAAUCUAUAAGAAAGUUUCCCCUUGCAUAGAUAAGCAGGGUACGUGAUGUGCUAUAAUUACUAUUACAUUUAUCUCAUUUAUAAGCCUGCCAGUUAAGCUAAGUUUACUUAUGGCCAGUAAAAACGUAGCAGCUCGCUGUACGUCUGUAACUAAACUAAGUCAUCACCAAAAAAGUGACCGAGACACAAAAUACUAGCUUGUUAUUUCUGUUUAAUUCUCUUAAGACCUUCUUGAGUAGUUACUUCACCAUGACUCGUCUACGAGUGACCAAUAUCGUGAUUUCACCAAGACGCUCACUUCCAUACUGGACACCGAACUCCUGCUUGCUGUAAACACUGUUAAGUUCAUUCACAGGUUCACAUAAACCAAAAAUAAACGUAUGAAAAUUUACUAAGAAUUUCAUGAAUGGGGACUAACUUCAGGAGAUGAUAAGACUGCCACUUAUUAAGAUUGCUAAAAAAGCUUUUUCUAACAUAGUAUUUCAAAGACUGCGUACAAUUUAACCUGAGAGUAUAAUAAUACAGAAUUUAUAAAGCCUUUCUCCUGUGGCACAUUAUAACAGAGUUCAUAAUGUUUAUUUGAUAAUGCACUAGUACCUUGUUACGUGCUUGGAGACCUUAGUCGUUGAAACGUAACAACGGAUUAUGAAGUCAACGAAACAUUUUGAACGGCAUGACUUCAUCCUCAACGACUAUACCUUAUUUCCUAUGUUUUUCUUUUAAGACUCACAUCCUAUACUGACUUGAAUUACCAGAUCUAUAUGAAGUUUCACAUAGAAGAAAGACUUUAACUCAGCUUAUUCCUGCCAGAGGAGACUUUAUUAUGAACUAACCAAAGGCUAAAUCGACGUAAUUCAAGCUAAUUUGAUCUGCUAAACGAAGGAGACGUAGACUUACUUUGAAUAAUUACAUACAAUUUUCACCAUACAUAACUGAAUUAUAUGCAAUAGUUAGCACUCACCUGACAAAAACACUGUAACCUGAAUGAAGAUAAACCAUUAUGACCGUCAGUAUAUUAAGAUGAAAAUUAAUCUCGAUUAUGACGACAAAUGAUUUGAUUCUAUCUUCCACUCCACCCUGUCUUUAAUACACUAACCUCACCAAUUGAGUGUACAGAUACUCGUAAUCUUGACGAAUAUUAUAUCGCCUUAGCAUGUUUGUAAAUAUAUAUACACAAACAGAUAUACUGACUUCUGGACUUGGUGAGACUUUACGUAAUGACUGACCAUAAUUCCCUCUUAAACUUUUAUAUACCAGAGUGAUCUAUGAAUUAACUAACUAUAUGAGAGAUACGGUAGGCCUCUUUACGCUGUUUUCUGAAAUAUUGGAGAAAUCUAAAAAUUCUUCGUUACUCAGACAUCAAUCAGUGACAUAGGUUCGAUGUAACAUUUGGAGUCGUUAGUGUUACAUUUCAUAGGAUUUUUUUUUAUUAAAACAAUUUUAAUAAUAAUCAAAUGUUUGGUCUCUAUAUGGCAUCUUGGUGAACUGUUUGUUUUCUUAUUUUCAAAUAUUUUUCAUAGGCUGAAGAUUUUAAGGAUUUGUUAUAAAGACAAAAGGUGUGAUGUACUGCUCAAGUUGCUGGAAUUUCUUAUGUGUGUGUGUGUGUGUGUGUGUGUGUGUGUGUGUGUGUCCUGCGCUGGCCGUAGAUUUUCUCACACUGAACUUUAAACGAACGAGCGAAUUAAUGUAUCAUUAUUUAAUAAAAAUAUUUAUCAUA